UGCAAAUAUACGCUUUUAGCACAUCUUAUAGAUUGUGUUCCUCGCAUAAAGUAAUAUAAACAGGUUGCAUUUGAACAAAUAUACUCUUAUUGUUCGGUGUUUGCAGGAAAAUUCCGCUUUGACAAAAAGUCACAGCCAUGCCGCCGGGGCCUGUUCAGAUAGUUCAGCCGGAGUCCAACAACAAGCAGAACGAUGCACCCGUGGAAGAAACCCCGGCCACCAAACCCAUCGUUGGGAUCAUAUAUCCACCUCCUGAAGUCCGAAACAUCGUUGACAAGACAGCCAGCUUUGUUGCCAGGAAUGGACCAGAGUUUGAAGCAAGAAUUCGUCAGAAUGAAAUCAACAAUCCAAAGUUUAAUUUCCUCAACCCCAAUGAUCCCUACCAUUCCUACUACCGUCACAAGGUCAAUGAAUUUAAGGAAGGCAAAGCACAAGAACCAUCUGCAGCAGUGCCUAAGGUUAUGCAGCAGACCAUGCAGCAGUCUCAGCAACUUCCACAAAAAGUGCAGUCACAGGUCAUUCAGGAGACAGUCGUCCCCAAAGAACCACCACCUGAGUUUGAGUUCAUUGCAGAUCCUCCAUCAAUCUCGGCGUUUGAUUUGGAUGUAGUCAAGCUCACAGCCCAGUUUGUUGCUCGCAAUGGCCGCCAAUUUCUCACUCAGCUCAUGCAGAAAGAACAGAGAAACUACCAGUUUGAUUUUUUGCGUCCACAACACAGCCUUUUCAACUACUUCACCAAACUGGUUGAACAAUACACUAAGAUUUUGAUUCCUCCGAAAGGUUUGCUGGCCAAACUCAAAAGAGAGGCUGAGAACCCAAGAGAGGUUAUGGACCAGGUGAGGUACCGAGUUGAGUGGGCAAAGUUCCAGGAGCGUGAGAGAAAGAAGGAGGAGGAGGAAAGAGAGAAAGAACGAGUGGCAUAUGCCCAAAUCGAUUGGCAUGACUUUGUAGUGGUUGAGACGGUAGAUUUCCAGCCAAAUGAACAAGGCCACUUCCCCCCACCCACCACACCAGAGGAACUUGGUGCUCGAAUCCUAAUCCAAGAACGCUACGAGAAGUAUGGCGAGAGCGAGGAAGUAGAAAUGGAGGUUGAAAGUGAGGAUGAAGACGAUGAGCGGGAGGAUCGGCGUGACGGCCACGCUUCACAACCUGAUCAGGACACCCAAGUGCAGGACAUGGAUGAGGGAUCUGAUGAUGAUGAUGAUGGCAUGAAGGCACCACUGCCACCAGACAACCCAAUGCCACCCCCACUGCCUCCAACUCCAGAUCAUGUUAUUAUUCGCAAAGACUAUGAUCCCAAAGCUUCCAGGCCUCAGCCUCCAGUUGCAGUUUCAGAUGAAUACCUCAUCUCCCCAAUUACUGGUGAGAAGAUUCCAGCCAGUAAGAUGCAGGAGCACAUGCGCAUUGGUCUGCUGGACCCGCGCUGGUUGGAGCAAAGAGACCGUAGCAUCAGAGAGAGACAGACAGAGGAUGAAGUCUAUGCUCCUGGUUUGGAUAUUGAGAGCAGCUUGAAACAGCUGGCUGAGAGGCGUACCGAUAUCUUUGGUGUGGAAGAGACAGCCAUCGGUAAAAAGAUUGGUGAAGAAGAAAUUCAGAAGCCAGAGGAGAAGGUUACCUGGGAUGGGCAUUCAGGAAGUAUGGCCCGCACACAGCAAGCAGCACAGGCCAACAUCACCCUGCAAGAGCAGAUCGAAGCGAUUCACAAAGCCAAAGGACUGGUUGGAGAGGAUGACACCAAGGAGAAAAUUGGCCCAAGCAAGCCAUCUGAUGUUCAUCACCAGCCUCCCAUCCCUUCUUCUGCCUCCAAUAUGCCUAAACCUAAUCCUCCUAUCACAUCUGUACCUCGCCCACCUGUCUCUGUGGCCCCUCCAGUGCGCACAACUCUUUUGUCUGCUGUACCUGUAAUUCCAAGACCACCUGUGGCUCCAGUGGUACGUCUUGCACCAGGACAAGUUAUAGCUCAGAUGCCCCCCAUGAUUCCUGCCCCUCGCAUCAAUGUGGUUCCCAUGCCCCCAUCAGCACCUCAUAUCAUGGCCCCCAGACCACCUCCUAUGGUUGUUCCAACUGCAUUUGUCCCCGCUCCUCCAGUACCACAGCCACCAAGCUCUGCUCCAGCUCCACCUUCCCAUCCACCCCCUCCUCAUGAGGAUGAGCCAGCCAGCAAGAAGAUGAAGACAGAAGACAACCUUAUUCCAGAGGAGGAGUUCCUCCGUAGAAACAAGGGUCCUGUGGCAGUUAAAGUGCAGGUGCCGAACAUGCAGGAUAAGAGCGAAUGGAAGCUGAAUGGCCAAGUGCUCAAUUUCACUGUCCCACUCACAGACCAGGUGUCUGUCAUUAAAGUCAAAAUCCAUGAAGCUACAGGCAUGCCAGCUGGAAAACAGAAGUUGCAGUAUGAGGGUAUUUUCAUCAAGGAUUCCAACUCUCUGGCUUAUUACAACAUGUGCAACGGUUCCGUCAUUCAUUUGGCACUGAAGGAGAGAGGUGGAAGAAAGAAGUGAGCCACGCUGCGAGGAAAUUGAGAUUUUUUUGACUCUGUCCUGUCUUGUCAUUUUAGUUUAAUGGUCAUUUUUGAAAUUAAAUAGCAUUUUUCAUACACUUUUGUGUGAAGAACAUGUUGUUCCUAAAUGUUAAAUGAAUUAUACGGUCGCUGACAGGCAUGGUAAUAAUUAUUGUUGGUUCAAAUUGUAAUUGGUUCAAAUUCUGAUUUGUUCAUGAUGAUAUACAGUUGGUAACUUGUAAGAAUAAGUAAAGCCCCAUCAUGUUCUGUCAUUUAAAUAAAGGAAUUU